AUGGCUGAAUCGUAUGAUUUUGUUGAAGAUGUUAAUGCAAAGAAACUUGCAUGGAGUUUUAAAGUUCAUGUUAUUAGGAUUUAUGAGGUUUCUAAUAGAUUCAACUUGAAGGAGCUUAAUUCUAUCGAAAUGGUUCUUCAAGAUAGUAAGGGUGGUAGGAUUCAAGCUUCCAUUCCAAAAUCCUUGGUGAAGAAGUGGAGGGGAGUGAUUAUUGAGUUCCAGAUGUACACUAUGAGCAACUUUAUUGUAAUUAAAGAAAUCAAUCCUAUGAAGAGAGUCAUACCAGGGACAUGGGUCUUUACUUUCUCACAUAGGACUAGGGUUGAUCAUGUUGUGAAUACAAGUUUUCCACUUCAGCCCUUUCGCUUUAGGACAAUUCCACAUCUCAUCAAUGCUGGAAGCUUGGUCGAUAAUGAUCUUUUUGAUCUUAUUGGCGAGAUUGUUGGGAAGGAAGAGCCAAAAUAUUUAAUCACUAAUAAAGGAAAAGAGACAAGACGCUUGGCGGUUGUGUUGCAAGAUCUCGAGAACAAUAGGAUUAACUGUGUGCUAUUUGGUGGUAUGGUGGACCAAAUACUACCACAUUUUGAGGAAGGAAGGAUGGAACCACUUAUUGUCGUGCUGCAGUAUUUCAGAGCAACUAGGUGGAAAGAAAAGACAUCUGUUCAAAGUCACUUCGAUGUUUCCAAACUACACAUAGAUGACCAGCUAGCAGAUGUUGUGGGGGUUCCGAAACAGGAAGGUCCAACUUGGAUUGUAGGGAGCAUUGUUUCUAUAAACGCUGGAAAUAGUGAUUGGUUUUAUAAAGCAUAUAGAAAGUGUCCAAAGAAGGUUGAAACUCCAAUUGGAAAUCGAUAUAAAUGCAGCAAAUGUAGCCACACCCAUAGAACUACAGCAAUCAGGUUUAAGGUGGAAGUGAUGGUAUAUGAUGGGACUGGGAGUAUGACGUUGCUGCUGUGGGAUAGAGAAAUAACCCAGCUUUGUGGGAAGGCAGCUGACAAUAUUAUGGAAAAGGAGGAGUCUGGAGGGGAUGAGUAUCUAGCAACUUUUGAUGCUAUGAUGGAUAGGAAAUUACUAUUCAAGAUCAAUGUCAAAACUUCCAAUAUAAAACAGUAUGACCAAGAAAACGGGUGUAGUAACUCAAUUGAUACUUCAGCAAAUGUGGUCAACCUUAACACUGAUACUGAUCCUCAGUUGUCUAUGGAUUUGGUGGAAGAGUAUGUUGAUAGUAUCAAGUCCAAAACUCUAGCUAAAAGAACUCCCGGGUGUCUAAAGUCUGCCCCACUGAUACUGAACGACAUUGAUGAGGAAGGACAAUUCUCUAACAAUAAAGUUAGCAAAAAGGGGGACAAGAGGUAG